AAGGACUGGCUUCGGCAAACAUCGCCAUCUGUCGUAAACUCGACUCGGUCAAGGAUGGAGGAAGAGGCACGUAAGCUUCUCGAGGAAGGAAUUGUAAAGAAAUUGAUCAGUCCUGGCAAAGGAGAGCUAUCGACCUUUCCCAAUGGAACCAAGGUGGUCUUCCACUACCGCACCAGCCUGUGUGAUGGCACAGUGCUGGAUGACUCCCGGACCAUGGGGGGCCGCAGCAAACCCAUGGAGCUCAUUUUAGGCAAGAAGUUUAAACUAGCUGCGUGGGAGAGAGUGGUCAUCACCAUGAGACAAGGCGAAGUUGCAGAAUUUAACUGUGAAAAUAAGCACACAUCACUGUACCCACUCGUGUCCCAGUCCCUGAGAAACAUCAGUGCUGGUAAGGACCCCCUGGAAGGCCAGAGGCAUUGCUGUGGCAUUGCCCAGAUUCACUCCCACCACUCUCUGGGGCAUAACGACCUGGAUAAUCUUCAGGCCAAUCCGCAGCCUCUUCUCUUCACCAUCGAUCUGCUGGAGGUUCUGGCUCCAGGAUCGUUCCAGCUUGAUGUGUGGGCUAUGACAGACGAAGAGAAAUUGAAGCUCGUGCCUCAGAUCCAUGAGGAGGGCAACACGCUUUUCAAGCAGGGCAAAAUUACAGAAGCUACAGAAAAGUACUACAAUGGCAUUGCCUGCCUAAAAAAUCUACAGAUGAAGGAACAUCCUGGAGACGAGGUAUGGGUAAAGUUGGACCAUAUGAUCACACCACUGCUCCUCAACUUCUGCCAGUGCAAGCUGCUCCAGGGCCAGUACUACGAAGUCAUCGAACACUGCUCAGCACUCGUCUUCAAAUAUGAGGACAAUUUGAAGGCCUACUAUAAGCGUGCUAAGGCCCACGCUGCUGUGUGGAAUGAGGUGGAGGCCAGGGUGGACUUUAAUAAGGUUUUGGAGCUGGACCCCUCUCUGGGACCAUCUGUUGCCAAGGAGCUGAAGGCCAUGGAGGACAGGAUCCGCAACAAAGAGAAGGAGGAAAAGGGUCGCUACAAGGGCCUGUUCAACUACACCGAACCACCAGCCACUGCUACUACAGGUUGAAUCUCGCAAUGGGAUGGAACAAGAGGAUUCCUGUGAAUUUCAAGAUGGAGAAGAAACGGUAGACACUGCUGGUGUUUUACUUUUGAUCCCCGCACCCAAGCCAAACACUCUUCCCUCUGCCCCUAUGGCACACUCGAAAUGUUCUCACACACUGUCGAGUCACACCUAGUCACGUAGAUAUACCAAGGUGCGAUUUGCAUUCCUGCCUUACUUCUUUCUAAACUCCCUCUCUCUGAAAAAAAAGAAGUACAAUUCAGUCUUUGAUGAGGACAUGGUGACAUUACCAACUUGACUUUUAUAUUCCAUAGAAACCUGAUAUAUGGUAUGUACUGGCCAACAGCAUUGUCAUUUCAGAGCAUAUGGUUUUCCUCUGUUAAAGCAACAGAAAUGUUAACACUCUUGGUUUUCACUUGCUCACAGGAAUGGGCUACUACCUACAGAAGGUUACCCUUGGAAACAUUUUCACACGAUUUGCUGCAGAGAUUUUUGUUUUUUUCAUUUAAUGAUGCAUUUAUCAGCUGUUUGUGGAAAGUCAUUAUAUUGCAAUUUAUAUAGAAAAACAUAGACUUUUCACAGUAUUAGAAACAAGUAGUUCAAUUGUAUUUUGUUGUCUUGUUUUCUCUGAAAUAUGUGCAGAGCUGUUGGAUUUUUCUAAUAUAACCAUAGUCCAACCAGGAGAGAUUUAGAUGGAAUUCCAGAUAGAAAUGUUCUCCCCUCCAAAGAAACAAGGAAUAUUUUUUUUUUCUUGCACAAGGGACAUCAUGUACCCAUCAUGCACUCUGCUGCUUUGCCCCGCCACACCUGCUCUUCCAUCUUGGUCACAGCGGAAGCACAGGAAUAAGCAGGAGGCCAUUAUCUCCUGGUGUAUGGAACUGGGAAACCCAGCGUUCUGUGACAAUCAUUAUAAAACACACAAGGACUUGUUAUCUUUGCUUUCGCUUAUGCACUUAUUUCCUUAUGUAAGAAAUAUACCAUUGUAUUGUUUUUUUGUCAAUAUCGACUCUCCCCUCACCUGCUCCUUUACUUGCUUUAAUAGAGCCACUCAUUACUCUUUAUGUGAAGCACUAAUGGCGUCUGAAAUCUGAAGUGAGAUUUUAGUGAGAUGGUUAUUAUGUAACAACAAAUAAAUGUGAGUUUAUCUAUUG